UCCGGUUCCGCUCGGCAGCGGCGCUGUGUGGAGAUGCUCGGGUUAGAGGUAGGAGAGAGGGAACGGUAACGGAGCGAGUCCACAUACCCGAGAGAGAGAGAGAAAAAGAAAGAAAGACAGACAUAGAAAUAAAAAUAAAGAGAGAGAGAACGUGUGCGCGCCUGCCUGCUUCUCUCCGUUCCCCCUCGAGCCGCUCGCUGGUCGUCAUGGCGAAGAACACGCUGUGGUCGCGGUUCCGGGGCGUGGACAUCGACCAGUACGACGAGAACCGGUUCGUGGACGAGAACGAGGAGGCCGCGGAGCAGCAGGGACCGGACGCAGCCGAGGUGGACGCGCUCAUCAGGCAAGGAGACAUGAUGACGGCGUUCCACGUAGCUCUGAAGAACCCGCCCAUCAACUCCAAAAACCCAGCUGUGAAGGAACGCGCCCAGGCCGUGGUGCUGCGCGUCCUCACCUCCUUUAAGAGCAGCGACAUCGAGCCGGCUGUGAAGUCUCUGGAUAAGAACGGCGUGGAUCUGCUGAUGAAGUACAUCUACAGAGGGUUUGAGAAGCCGUCGGAUAACAGCAGCGCCAUCCUGCUGCAGUGGCAUGAAAAGGCGUUUGCGGUUGGAGGUUUGGGUUCCAUUGUACGAGUCCUGACAGCACGGAAAUCCGUGUGAAAAAUAUACAUUCAAAGAAAAUCCAGAGCCACGGGAUCGAUCAGUGUUUGGUUUUUUUUUUUUUUUUCUUUUCCCUCUUAUGGACAGCUCACAUUAACUCAUCACAAUGGGGUGUGUUCACACACUACACUCUCACACACACUACACUGAACAGUGUAUUUUAUUUAAUAACAGAGGCAGGGGUGUGUUGUAUUUAUUGUAUGUUAUUGAAUCACGUGGAUGAAGGAGGAAAGAGAAGAACGACUCUCGCCGAUCGAAACUCUGAUCCGUUUGCUCUCGGGUACACACUUCAUCUCUUCAGAUUCUUCUUUUUGUACAGAAAGAUGAUUAAUAUAUAGCGUGGGGAUUAAUAUUAUAGCGUGGAGGUCGCGCAGGGGUCACGCGUGUCCUGAUCGUGUCAAUUCUCGAGCAAAAGGGUGGGGUUUAAAUGUAAAUUUAAUUGGCUAAUUAUGACCUGCAGCUACUUCAUUCAGCGUAGCUAACGUUAAGGCUUUCUGUAAUGGCUAACCUCAUUAGUUAGCUGGCUAACUGUUAGAAUUCUAUUUUCAACACUACGUCAGACAAACACAUCCAGCGUAUUGUCGUCGUAUAACGAUGUUAAAGUUUACACUUGGCCAUCUUUAAUCUCUGUCCUGUCCUUUUGACACUCGGGACACGCGAGGACGUGCGCGCACGCGUGCGUGUGGGGGGUCGGGGGUCAUUUGUGAAGUGCCUGGUGCAAUAAAGAUGAUAAAUCUGU